GUGUUCCCCAGUCACACACACAGUCACAGACAGACUGGCUGAGGAGUGGAGGAAUCAGAGGCACUGGUUGGACCAGUGUGGCUUGGUUUGACUCAUUUAGACUUGAGUUGGAGAGACUGGAAUACACACACACACACUGAGCGUAGCUUAGUGCGACCUGGCUCGACUUGGGGACUCCGGAACACUCACCCACGAAGCUGCAUACACACACACUAUCUCCGUCACACACUCUGUCAUGUCUCUGGCGGAGUUUGUGCAUCAGGGACAGCUGCAGGAGGCUUCAUCACAUCUGUUGUCCAGACUGGGUCAGGUCCUACACAGCCUGUCUGUCAUUGUCCUGGCCCACGGAGCUACAGACAACCUCAGCUAUAGCUACAGACGCAAGAGCACCUACUGGGACCGCCAGGACACAGAUGACAUCAUGCAGCAGGAGAGUGAUCGUCUGUUUGCUGCAGACAUCGAUCCUGACCUCAGGAAACGGUUUGCUUUCCUCUCAGGGGGCCGAGCUGAGAACGGCAGUCCCAUCAUCGUGUUCCCAGAAUUCCCUGCGUUUGGCGAGCUCCAGGAGAAAGAGUUCCACAACGUACUGACCUACCUGACCAGUGUGCCCAGUGUGACAGCGUCUGGAGUGGGCUUCAUCCUGGUCAUUGACCGCCGCCAGGACAGAUGGACCGCCGUCAAGGGGACCCUGCAACGCAUUGCAGGCUCAUUCCCAGUGAAUUUACAGCUGGUUCUGGUCUUGCGGCCCUCCACCUUAUUCCAGCGGACGCUCUCCGACAUCUUCUACAAGUUCAACAGGGAUGAGUUCAAGAUGAAGGUGCCGGUGGUGAUGCUGAGCUCUGUGACGGAGCUCCAUGCCUACAUCGACCGGACUCAGCUGCCCCAGGAGCUGGGAGGAACCCAGGAUUACUGCCAUGAUACCUGGAUCUCACACCGCACCGCUAUCGAGGCCUUUGCUCUGAUGGUGAAGACCACGGCUCAGACCCUGCAGUCAUUUGGGACAGAGCUGGCCGAGACCGAGCUACCCAACGACGCCCAGGCCACCUCCAACCUGCUGGCCACACACACCGAGAAGAAGGGACAGAUGAAGGAGGACCUGUGUGUGGCCCUGGGCCAGGGGGGCCGGCUCCUGGAGAGCAUCAACGAGCCCCUGCAGAGAGAACCCGACUAUACAAUGAACCAGGACGAGCUGGAGAACCUGGCCACCGUGCAGAGACUGCUGGGCCAGCUGGAUGAGACAGAGACAGCGUUUGAUGAUUUCUGGGAGAGACACCAGACCAAGCUGGAACAGUGUCUGCAGCUCCGCCAUUUUGAAUACUACUUCCGUGAGGUGCGUGCCCAGCUGGAUGUGGUGUCAGAGCGGGUAGAGGCGUUCUCGGAGGUUGGCAUCAGUCCCGCCCAUGCAGAACACAUCCUACGAGAACUCAACAGCCAGGAGGAGAAAGUCUGCGAUGUGUUGGACUGGGCUCUGUCCCUGGCCGCCGAGGGGGAUGGGCUGAUUGAGAGUGCUCACUACGCUGAGGACUCCAUCCUGCCUAAGUGCAGUGAGUUGAGGGCCGUGUGUGAUGAGGUCACCUCCUUCCUCAAGACCAAGAAGGUUCUCCUCCUGAGGGCCAUGGAGCUGCACCACUGUCUGGAGAAGGCAUCGAGGUGGUGUGAGGAAGGGAUUUACCUCCUUGCCUCCCAGCCGGUAGAUAGAUGUCAGUCUCAGGACGGGGCGGAGGCCGCGCUGCAGGAGCUGGAGAAGUACCUGGACACGGCCGCCCAACACCAGAUCACCGACCUCAACGCCAUCUGGAGGGACUAUGACUCCAUCCUCAACCCAGAGCUCAGGGAGCAGGUAGAGAAGGUGUUCCAAAAGCAGGUGUCCAUGCAGGAGAUGUUUGAGAAGAGGAGGGUCAGUCUGAAGAAGCUGGCAGCCAAACAGACACGGCCCGUCCAGCCAGUGGCUCCCAGGCCUGAAGCCAUCAUCAAGUUCCCCAUGUCCCCUCCUACUCACAGGAGUCAAGAGACAAGGAAUGCAGAGGACAACAUCUUGAACGUAGAAAACUGCAGAAUAGUGGAGGUGCAGAACGGUGGCAGCAGACACGGCUCUCUGUCUGAGGAGGAGGAGAACCUGGCUGUGCUCCGACGACAUGUAAUGAACGAGCUGUUGGAGACUGAGAGGGCGUAUGUAGAGGAGCUACUCUGUGUACUGCAGGGUUAUGCUGCAGAGAUGGACAACCCAGCCAUGGCCCACCUCCUCCCCAGUGCUCUGCUCAACAGGAAGGAUGUCCUGUUUGGCAACAUGCCGGAGAUCUACCAGUUCCACAAGAGGACAUUCCUCAGGGAGCUGGAGACCUACACAGACGUCCCUGAGCUGGUGGGACGCUGUUUCCUGGAGAGGAUGGGCGACCUGCAGAUCUAUGAGAAGUACUGUCAGAACAAACCUCGCUCCGAGAGCUUGUGGAGACAGUGCUCCGACUGCGCCUUCUUCCAGGAGUGCCAGAGAAAGUUGGAACACAAACUGGGGUUGGACUCGUACCUCCUCAAGCCAGUCCAGAGAAUAACCAAAUACCAGCUGAUACUGAAGGAGUUACUGAAGUACAGUAAGGGCUGUGAGGGUUCAGAGGACCUGCAGGAGGCGCUGUCCUCCAUCCUGGGGAUCCUGAAGGCUGUCAACGACUCCAUGCACCUCAUCGCCAUCACAGGAUAUGAGGGGAGCCUGACGGAGCUGGGCAGGCUGCUGAUGCAGGGGUCGUUCAGCGUGUGGACGGAACACAAGAAAGGUCACGCUAAGGUCAAGGACCUGGCCCGCUUCAAGCCCAUGCAGAGACACCUGUUCCUGCAUGAAAAAGCCUUGCUCUUCUGUAAGAGACGGGAGGAGAACGGGGAGGGUUACGAGAAAGCCCCGUCCUACAGCUUCAAACACUCCCUCAACAUGAGUGCGGUGGGCAUCACAGAGAGCGCCAAGGGUGACAACAAGAAGUUUGAGAUCUGGUGUAAUUCCAGAGAGGAGGUGUUUAUCGUCCAGGCUGCGACACCUGAGAUCAAAACAUCUUGGUUGAACGAGAUCAGGAAGGUUCUGACUGGCCAGCUGAAGGCCUGCAGGGAAUCGAGUCAAAAGAAGGCGUCAGACACAAUGUCUCCCAGUCCAACCAGCAACAGCCCACCUAUCUGUCUCAGUCCAUUUAGGAACUGUCAGAAGAGCGUGAAGAAGGGAGAAGAGAAGAAGACAGAUGCUGUCAACUCUGACCCCAUCUCCCCCUCCUCCCCAAAACACAAAGAGGAGACAGUGACCAGUCCCACCACUGACAGGGCAUCAGUGGCUAAAAAGCGUUUUACCCUUCAAGGCUUCAGCAACCUGAAGAGUCAGAAAGAAUUUCUUCACCCUGCUGGUAAAAGUCUAACAUUACCAAUGGUAUUCUCUCAACCAGGAUCCCCCCUUAGCCCUGACCAUAAAGCCAAACGCCACGAGAUUAAGAGUGACCCAACUCCCUUUGGGUGUAAAGAGCCUGGUCAGACUCCUCACAUCACUCUGAGCAGGGCCAAGUGGCUCAGCACCUCUAGUCUCUUACAGGCCAAAAGGAGAGGUUGGAACAAGGCCUCUUUCUCCAUGGACGUGUCAGAAGUGCAUGAUGGGUACUCCAGCGCCGAGGACCCCAUGAACUCUGACCCUGAGGAUGAAGGAGGCAGGAAGCUGGCUGUCGGCGACAGGUUCACAGUGGUGGCGGACUAUGAGAAGGAGAAAGGAGGGCCUCAGGACCUGUCAGUGAAGAGUGGAGACAUGGUGCAGCUCAUUAAAGAGGGAGAUGACGGACAGUGGUUUGUUAGAAACUUGGGGAGCAACAAAGAUGGCUGGGUAGCAGCAGCCAACCUUCUCACCCUCAUCACAGAGUCCAAGUCCUCGCAGUCUCUCUGCAGCUCAGAGGGCAGUGUAACUGGCAACCUCAGCACCUCCUCCAGCUGCAGUGAAACCUACACAAGUUUCUCUGACAUCAAGCCCUAAAGUCCCGCCCUCUCUAAGCCCUGAGACACAGCUACAGCGCCACCCAGUGGUUGGCUGUUCAAACAACACGUGCACUUUUCCCCUCUACUACUGUUCAAAUCAAAUUGUAUUUAUCACAUGCGCCGAAUACAACUGGUGUAGCCUUUACAGUGAAAUGCUUGCACACGUUAGUUUUCAUUACAGUCCAUAGAUACUUCACUCUCACACUGAAGUGGAGGCUGCCUGUGUUGUAGCAGAAAGCAGACUAAUAGCUGCUUAUCUGUCAAUGUGAAGGGAAGGUAAAGAAGGAAUGCUUUCCUCUGGACAUACUCCACUCUCAGGGAUAAGAGGUAGUGUCCUAGCCUUUUACUGUGAUUGAGGGCUAGCACAUAUUGAGAACAGGAAGUUCAGGCCUCCCCUACCUGUUUGACAGAGAUGAACAAGGAAGGACACACCCGCUCCAUUCACACACACAGGCAGGCUUUGUUAGCCUAGCGUGGUACCGCUCCUCCCACUCCAACAAGGUGACAGUGAUAUGCAGCCAGGAGCUCCUCUACUGAACUCAACACUUCAACAGACGAACAGAUGCCUCAGUCUCUCUCCUGUGGACUCUGGUAACCGGUUGUGUCAUAAUGUUUCUCUGUGUCAGGCAGUCAACUUCCUCAGUAUGUCCUCAGUCUCUCUCCUGUGGACUCUGGUAACAGGUUGUGUCAUAAUGUUUCUCUGUGUCAGGCAGUCAACUUCCUCAGUAUGUCCUCAGUCUCUCUCCUGUGGACUCUGGUAACCGGUUGUGUCAUAAUGUUUCUCUGUGUCAGGCAGUCAACUUCCUCAGUAUGUCCUCAGUCUCUCUCCUGGGUGACUUUAAAAAUAGAUGAUGGAUUUAUAUUUCAUAUGUUUCUACUGGAUCCCCCAAGACAAACUAAACUGUAAAAGUGUCGAGACAAUCACAUUCUAGCAAGAAUGCAAAUUAGAAUGGAAUUGUCAUGAGAUACUUUUUGAGUUUGGUCAACUGUGUAUAUCUAUGGCUUUGUUCAGAGGCCCUCCAGUACAUUUCCAGUCCCUCUCCCUCCCUGUUUCUCCUUCCGCCACCUGUGCUGUCUGGGCUAUCAGUGAACUCUUGGCUUUGUUCCCAGUGAUCUGAGAGAGCUGGGCUUUAAACUACCAGGUGUUCCUUUAGGCAGGGGCGAUAUUACAGGACGGUCAGAUAUCAUAGAAACUUCAAUAACAGUGCUCAGGAUGUUCUUCUGAAUCAUUUUCUCUUGGCUCAAAGUGGAAUCCUAUACACUACACAGAAAUCCCCUGAAGAUUGAGAUUCCCAUAAAAAGAUUAAUGUCAGGUCGAUUGAUGUUGAAAUAACUGUGUACUGUACCAGAGAGUAUAAACUUAAAAGGAAUUAUUUGUAUGCGUUAAUCAAUGUGUAUAAGUUCAUUUAUUUGAGAAAGAUGUGUACAGAUAUUAUUAGCCUAUACCUCGUAUUUUUCAUUGAAUAUGUAUAUGUUGUGUAUGAAGACCAUGGAUAUGUUUUCGUGGGUCUAAGUAUAUCAAAGAUAUUUUAUUAAUUGGUUGGCGGGCAUGUUUCCAUGGUAAUUUCUUAAAACUCCUGAGGACAUAUAUUAAUAGAAAUAUCGUCCUUUUGCUUAUUUGAGAAUGCAGUCUGUACACUGAAAACCGAAGAUGGAAUAUAACUGUACCUCCUGUGCUGAAAGUUGAACUCAGAAUGAUGGUUGUCUCAAAUUUCAGCACGCACAAUAAAAGGUUUUAAACUGUUUUGGUUAUAACCGUUUUAGUUAUAACUGUUUUUAUAACUUAUUGUUCUACUGUAUAUCUUUUUCGAUUUGCACCCAGUGAGAUUACAAUGUCGUUACUGUGUGUCACAUUGUUAUGCAGCACAUUGCAGCAUUAUUUUGUUCUUUAUUUUCCUACGGUAACAAGUAUUGAUACAGAUGUUAUAUAAUUAAUGAUAUGCAUUCAUAUCUGUGUAAAUAUGUAUCUCUGAGGUGUAUUAUUAAAGCCGCUGAAUAAAGACAAAUAUUCGUUGCUUUAA